ACAUUAUACGGAGGAUCAUAGAAAAAAUAACUAUGCAUGGUGGAAAUCAGUCACCUUCUAGGGCCUGGACAUAUUUUAGUAUGUCUGAAAAUUUGGAGGGUGAGUAUGAGUAUACUCGUAGAGGAGAUGUUGGAGGGCAAGCACUAGAUGGUAAUGUUGUACAUGAUAUAGCACUGUCAAUUGGAGCAUCCAUUGAUAAAGAUCCAUCAAGUGCCAAUAUUGUUCUCUAUGAUCAAUCUAAUCAUGUUUCAGAGUUGAUCUGGAAGGGUGAGAAGAGACGUGUGCUACGGAAUAAUGAACAUAGUCGAACGUCCAUUGAAUGGAAGCUUAGUAAAGAGCAGAAGCGAAUGGUGGAGAUUGCUGGAUUCAAGUACUUACGCCUUAUAGGGCAUUUCCAAAUGGAUCGAUGUCUAUUGACAGCAUUGGUGGAUAGGUGGCGAAGUGAGACUAAUACAUUUCACAUGCCACGAUUUGAGAUGACUAUAACUUUGGAAGAUGUGGCAUAUAUUUUGGGUUUUAGAGUAGUUGGGAAGGCUGUUACUGGGAAAAUGUACAAGGAGACUGAGGAUCUACUUGAUAUGGUACUUGGACAAUACCCUUCAGAUCCUAUCAACAUGAAGGCUCUAUGGAGUGGUUGUGUGAAGCUGACAUGGUUGAGGAACCAAUUUUCACAGUUGCGAAGCAAUGCUUCUGAAAUGGAUGUUAUUCGUGCUACCCUAGCAUAUUUGUUGCAUCUUCUGGGAACUACCAUAUUUGCUUACACAUCUGGAAAUAUGGUUAGCAUUUCGUAUCUACCAAUGCUUACUGAUUUUGUUGAAUGUGUUGAAUAUGCAUGGGGCGCUGCCGCUUUAGCUUUCUUAUAUAGAUCACUGAUGCGUGCCUCAAGGAAGAACACCGCUAAUAUUGGAGGUUCAAUGACCCUAUUUUCAGUAUGGGCAUCCGAGCGCUUAGGAGUUGGCAGACCAGUUGUUGUUCGCAUAUGCAGACCUUUCCCUUGAGAUGUAAGGUGGAAAUGCCGGCGUAGAACGGACAACAUUCAUAACUGCUAUAGACCGUACCGACAUGAACUUGAUUAGCUUAAGGAUGGCGAGAUCAAAUGGCAGCCAUAUGUGACACUUGAGAGUGCCCCUAUUAUCGGUCUUAUAGGCUCAUAUAUGGGUUUGGCUUGCACUUGGCUUAUUCAUUUCAAUGUGGUUGAGAUGCAACUCCUAGAUCGAUGUCUCCGUCAAUUUGGACUAGAACAAAAUGUGCCACAAACUGUCCAUAGAUGGAAACGUCAAACAAUGGCUAGGCUGGGCAUAGAUUAUGAGGAUUUGUUUCAGCAAGAGGUGAGUGAGUGGACAACCUUCAAUGACACCUUUGAAAUAGUUAACGCUCCUCCAGAGUUGAACCCAGGGAGUUACACCAUCGGAUUAUCUUAAAUGGUAUUUACGUGUGAGUCAUGUUAGGAUUCAUCCUCCCCAUGAAGUUGACGACCAGCACCCCAAUGAAUAUAGAUUGAAAGGUUAUGGAGAUAAUGAAGCAUUGGACUUGGUAAGUUAUCACUUCUGUACAUAUUGUAAGAAUUGUUCAUUGCCUUUAA